UUCAAUAAUAUUUUUAAUUUUAAUUUUAAUUCAAUUUUCUUCAACAGGUGGAUUUGGUUAUGGAGCCGGAGGAGGUGGUGGGCAUGGUAGUGGAACAAGCAGUGGUCAUGGCUAUUGGCCAGAAAAACACAGUAGUGGUGGAGGAAGCUAUCAUGGUGGUGGCGGAAGCUAUCAUGGCGGUGGUGGUGGUGCUGUGAUCAAAAAAGUAAUUAUCAUCAAAAAAGUACAUGUUGGUGGAUAUCAACAUGGAGGUAGUAAAUAUGGACAUGGUAAUUAUGGAUAUAAUGGCGGAGGUGGUGCUGUUUGGGUGGGUGGUGGCAAGAAAAAAUGGAAAAAAUAUUGGGGAUAAUAAUGGAGAAAAAAAGUCCAUUCUUCCAGUGUGAUUGAUUAAUAGUUUUGAUACCUAUUUCCAAUAAUUAUCGAUUAUUACUAAUCUCAAUCACAUACAUUCUAUGAUUGUAAAAAAAAAUAAUUGAUAAUCUUGAAUGAUUUAUGAUCAAUAAAUCCAUUUGAUCAUUGAUGAGAUGAUCCUGGAAAGGUAAAAUCUCAAAUCGAAAAAAAAUUUCUUUUGUUUUUUGAUGAUUUUCAUUACCAUCAAGUUAUUUUUCAUCAUCAUGGAUCGAUUUAUUCUACAAUUCAUUUUGUUCAAUUUCAUAUUCAUUAUGGCAAUAGAUAACACAAAUUCGAACAAUGAUGAUGAUCAUUUAUUCAUUUGGAAAACCGAUCCAUCCAUUUAUAAUCGUUGGCUACCUCCAGAUAAUAUUAAUAAUCAGCCAAUUAAUGUCAAUAUCAGUAUAUUUUUAUUCGGUGUUGCCAAUAUUUAUGAAUCAAAUAAUGAAUUUCAUUUAGAUUUACUAUUACGAACAUCCUGGCUGGAUAAACGUAUUAACAUGUUAAAUCAAUCAAUUUCACAACGACAACAAAAUCAUACAACAACAACAAAAUCAGUAAUACAAGGUGGUGUAUGGCAUCUGAAUCGUAUUUGGUUGCCACCAAUUUUCAUUGUUAAUGCAAAACAACCGAAUGUAUUCAACAAUCGAGAUGAACAUCCCGUUCUUGUGAGAAUUUCGCAAACAAAUGGAUUAAUAUUGCUUAGUAAACGGAUGAGCCUUUGUGGAUUAAAUCAAUUAAAUUUUCAUCUAUAUCCAUUUGAUUUACAACGAAUUCACUUUGAAAUUGAAACUAAUGAGCUUAAUCUUAAUGAUCUUCGUUUACGAUGGUCAACAAUUGACAAUUAUUCGUCAAUUUAUUUUGCACCGGAUUUUCAUUGGAAUGGUUUUGAAUUAAUUGAUUAUCAAUUAAUUGAAACAAAUAUCACCUACACACAUACGGGCACAUAUUCACGAUUAACAGCAAUAUUUUUUAUACGUCGUAAAUUCAUGCAAUCAUUAUUGGAUGUUUACAUUCCUAUAGCGUUGUUUGUCAUCGUUAGUUGGGGUUCGUUUUGGAUUGAAAUAACUGCUGCGCCUGCACGUAUUACUUUGGGUGUUACCGUAAUGCUUACAAUGGUUACGAUGGCUCGUUCAGCAAGAGAAAAAUUACCAACAAUUUCUUAUAUUCAUUCACUAGAUUUAUGGAUAUUAUCCUGUAUUAUAUUUGUAUUUGCAAGUAUUGUCGAAUAUGUUGCCGUUAAUUAUAUUUAUCAUAGAAAAAAACGUUUUUGGGCAAAAAAACGUAAACAUUUCGAUAUUAUAAGUCAUAUGAUGAAUAAUAAUGAUAAGAAUCCGGAAUUGUCAUUAUCGAAAACUGAUUCUAUCAUAAAUUUCAAUCAUUAUAAUGAUUGUGUGAAACGAAAAACGACAGAUUACAAAAAACAAUUGAAACAAAUCCGUAUCGAUAAUGGAGAAGAAUUUGCAUAUGAAAUUGAUCGUCGUUCACGAAUAUUAUUUCCCAUCUGUUUUGCAAUAUUCAAUCUAAUCUAUUGGAUUACAUUAUAUGCAGCAUCAAUGAUCGAACAAAUAGCUAUUGAAUAAUGUGAUUGAUUGAUUAUUAAGAAUUUAGAAUAUUUAUAUCAAAUUGGUACCUUUAUUCAGUGAAUAUAUAAUGAUUUAAAACAAUUAUGAAAGAUGAUGAAAGAUUGUUUUAUUGAAAAAGACAUCUAUU